UGAAACGAAUUAACCAUCAACUCUUUACUUCACCUUCAGUUAAUAAUUGUAAAAUAUCAUGUCUUCUGCAGCGAGGAUACUUUUGCAACUGGAGCAAAAGGCAACAAAUGCUGAGAGCUUGAUUGUUACUUUGAAAAAUGAGUUAAUGAAGUUAGAAAGAACUCAAAGCAGUGCAGCUCCCAAUCAGUUGGCAACUUUGAAGCUUGAAAAUGAAAAAUUGAAACAAGAAGUGGAAGUUUGGAAACAAAAGCUUGUUCAGGCUGGUCUAAGCCAUGGAGUUCGAUGCUUUUCUACAUCAGCUACUUGUCAGCCUCUAGUUGCAGAAAAAGUUGAAAAACCAACAGAAAAAGCUGAAAAGCCAGCAGAAAAAGCUGUUGUCUCUUCACAUCCUGAUAGUAAAAAGGCAAAAGAGACAAAAAAGAAAGAUUCUGUUAAGACUGCUGAAGUGAAUAAGGUGGAAAUUGAUGAUGGACCAGUUGAUAUUGGUCGAAUUGAUUUAAGAAUUGGAAAAAUUGUAGCAGUAAAAAAACAUCCUGAUGCUGAUUCCCUAUAUGUAGAAGAAGUUGAUGUAGGUGAAGGAAAAACUAGAACCAUUGUGAGUGGCUUGGUCAAACAUGUCCCCAUAGAGGAGAUGCAAGAUCGAAUUGCCAUUUUUAUGUGCAAUCUCAAACCUGCCAAGAUGAGAGGAAUAACUUCAGAAGGGAUGCUGAUGUGCGCAUCAACACCUGAAAAGGUGGAAAUUCUGUUGGCCCCAAACGGAGCUGUACCCGGUGAUUUGGUUGAAGCAGAAGGAUACGCCAGACGCCCAGAUGCCGUACUUAACCCAAAGAAGAAAAUUUGGGAGGCUGUAGCUCCAGAUUUGAAAACAAAUAAUGAAUCUGUUGCAACCUAUAAAGGAGCAGUUCUUUCUGUUCCUAAUAAGGGGCCCAUAUCAGCUCCUACAUUAGCCAAUGUUCAGAUUAAGUAAGAACAUGUCAAGGUAUAACACUGACUGGGGAAUUAAUACAUCAAAAUUUUGAUGAAUUCUA